UAUCUUUUAUAUGUCUAUGCUCGGGACACAGUACUUGGGCUUGGGACUCUUGGGAGCUGUACGAGCGGUAAACAUCGUAAGAAGAAAAGAUUGGACUAAGUUUCACGUAAUUUACCGUAUCGUGAUUGUAUGCUAAAGGAUAUGAAAAGCUAAUUUUUAAAUUAAAUUUUUAUUUAAUCAUGAGGAGAAACGUGAACACUCGUAUCAGCGGAACGAACGUAAUUUUGGUACCGUACGAAGAAAAACACGUUACAAAGUAUCACGAGUGGAUGAAAAAUCCUAUAUUGCAGUAUUUGACGAGCUCUGAGCCAUUGACAUUGGAUGAGGAAUUCGAGAUGCAAAAACGAUGGUUGGAAGACGAGGAUAAAUGCACCUUUAUUAUUCUUGACCAACCUGUAUACGUAGCGACCGGAAAUGAAAUAGAUGCUAUGGUGGGAGAUACAAAUAUGUUUCUGCAUUGUUCCCAGGGAUUAAUCGUCGCCGAAAUAGAAAUCAUGAUAGCAGACGAGUCAUACCGUGGCAAAAAGAGGGGUUGGGAAUCUAUUGUUCUAAUGUUACUUUAUGGCGUCGAAACGUUAAACAUUAAUAAAUUCUGCGCUAAAAUCAAAUUGGACAAUGCAGUGAGCUUUAGAAUGUUCGAGAAACUUGGUUUCCGAGAGGUGGAAAGAAGUGAAGUUUUUCAUGAAGUUACCUUGGAGAAGGAAGCAUCUUCUGAUUGGAUAAGUUGGUUGCAUUCCGAACUACAAUCCAUCAUACCUAAUUGACUAUUACUGUUAUUACAGCAAAAGGUAUAAUAAUUUAUAUAUUUAUUAAUUGUAUGACUUUGUCAUAUAGAAGAAUGUAUAGAAAAAUUUUCAGAAUAUAAGCAAUUUUUUAAAUAUAUAAAA